GGAAAAGUUUCUUUCGACUGUUGUCUUCAACGUAUACAGUAUUACUACUAUACAAUGGCCUCAGCUUGGAUAUCGCCUCCGACACGGCCAGAAAACAUUGAUUACCUGGUAUCUGGCGUUGACCGAUACAACCCGUCCAAUGUCACCAUUCUCGAAGACUACCUCUACCAACAGAUCAGAAACCAGGAGUACGACUGCUUGGCAAAUUUGGCAAUUCUCAAGCUGUAUCAAUUCAACCCGGACCUGUACAACCCAGACGUUAUCGUCAACAUCCUCAUCAAGUCCCUCACGGCGUCCCCUCUACCAGACUUCAAUCUCUGUAUAUCUCUUCUCGAAGAUAAACCCAUCAGUGCCACCCUCGACGAGCCCGACCCCCUCCCUUCUCUCCUUCCCAUCAUACAAGAACUCCAUGAACUUCUGGACCGCUGCCGAUUCCCCAAGUUCUGGUCAGUAUACCACUCAAACGAACUUGAAAACCUCCGGGACAACUACACGGUAGAAUACGCUGGCUUCGAGGAUGCUGUCAGAGCAGUGGUCGUGCGUGCCGUCAAAGCGACCUUCACGAGGAUAGGAACCGAGCGGCUGGGCCAGUAUCUCGAUCUGGAGGGGCCCGAGCUACAAGCUUAUGUUAAAAACUUGGGGUGGUCAGUCGACCAGUCUGGUACCGUCAUCAAUAUCCCUCCAAAUCCAGACAAUCAAAUCGAGGCCACCGUUGUCCAAGAAAAUAUCAAGCUACCUCAGCUCAUCAAAGUCAUAUCUCACGCUGCAAAAGCUUGACGCACUAACCGUUGACAUCUCUAAUGUUUAUUGCUGUAGUAGCUUUCCCUAUACGAUAUAUCUUGUAGUGCUGUCCAAGUUAUUGUCCACCAUGUACGACUGAGGCUAUAACAAAGUUCAAGCGGAUAAGAAUGCUGCUGCCGUUCCCCAAACAGCCAUCACGAUAGCCAAACCUACCGCAAGCGCAUCAA